CUCAAUUUAUGGUUCAUACCCCAUCCUUCUGAAGUGGUGAUUAUGUUCAAAACUCUGCCAGAAAAGGCCGCUUUUAGAGCCUUAAAGCUAACUCUACAGCUGAUAACCCCUCUCCAUGACAUUGUGGCCUACCUUUUCAGCGUUGCUAAACUUGGAAACUGUCCAGCACGUUUUGAAUUUCCUCUCUGUCCUAACCCUUUGAGAGGUGACAGGGGAGGAGCUGAGGGUAUUGGGUCUGAGCUUCUAGAGCUACAGAAAAUGAUUGACAGCCUCCAGAGUCCCCAAGACCCCACUCUGGUGUCGCAGGUCCUUCUCCUCCGAAGAGAGGUUAUGUUUCUGCAGUUUGACGCUGCAGUGAGGUACCUCAUCCGAAGAACAUUUCUGGCAGCUGGAAAUGCUCCCGCCUACCAGUCUGUCGCAGACGGCAUGCACCAUGGUUUGCCACCACUGAGCGACUCCCUCAUGAAGAGCAUUUUUGCCUCACAGCUCAGCCUGCCACAGCCCCUGGAUCCACGGAGCCACCAGGCAUUUGCGCUCUUCCCUUGGAGAACAUUUCUGGAAGAUGGAGGACCGUUUCCAGUUGUGGGCAGCAGCCCAGAUACCCUAGAGUAUAAUAUGCAGGUAGGAUAG